CUAUGAAACUGUGGGAAAGAGUGGUAGAGAUGAGGGUGAGGAGAGACGUGUCUAUUUCAGAGAACCAGUUUGGAUUUAUGCCGGGACGCUCAACUACAGAAGCCAUCCAUCUUAUGAGGAGACUCGUGGAGCAGCAUAGGGAGAGGAAGAGGGACUUGCAUAUGGUAUUCAUCGACCUAGAAAAGGCUUAUGACAAAGUCCCAAGAGAAAUACUAUGGACAUGUUUGGAGGCUAAAGGUGUACCUAUGGCAUACAUUAGGGUGAUCAAGGACAUGUACGAGGGAGCCAAAACCAGGGUAAGGACAGUAGGAGGGGACUCAGAGCACUUCCCAGUGGUGAUGGGGUUGCAUCAAGGAUCAUCUCUUAGUCCUUUUUUAUUUGCCUUGGUGAUAGAUGGAUUGACGCGACAAAUUUAAGGUGCGGUGCCAUAGUGUAUGCUUUUCGCGGAUGACAUAGUCCUGAUCGAUGAGACUCGCCGCGGAGUUAACGCUAAGCUGGAGGAUUGGAGACAUACCUUGGAGUCUAAAGAGUUUAAGUUGAGUAGGACAAAGACAGAGUACUUAGAGUGCAAGUUUAGUGAGACACCUCAGGAGGUUGACGUUGAAGUUAGGCUUGGUGCUCAGGCCAUCCAAAAGAGAAGUAGUUGCAAGUAUCUUGGGUCUAUCAUGCAAGGCAGCGGGGAGAUUGACGAUGAUGUCACACAUCGUAUUAGGGUAGGGUGGAUGAAAUGGAGGCUCACUUCCGGAGUGCUAUGUGACAAGAAUGUGCCACCAAAACUUAAGGGCAAGUUCUACAAAGUGGUAGUUAGACCGGCUAUGCUAUAUGGGGCGGAGUGUUGGCCAGUUAAGACUUCUCACAUUCAAAAGAUAAAAGUUGCUGAGAUGAGAAUGCUGAGAUGGAUGUGUGGGCACACCAGGAGCGACAAAAUUAGAAAUGAGGCUAUUCGGGAUAAGGUAGGAGUGGCCUCGGUGGAAGAUAAGAUACGGGAAAUGCGACUGAGAUGGUAUGGACAUGUGAAGAGGAGAGACACAGAUGCCCCAGUGCGGAGGUGUGAGAGGCUGGCCAUGGAUGGUUAUAGAAGAGGUAGGGGUAGGCCGAAGAAGUAUUGGGGAGAGGUGAUUAGAUAGGACAUGGUGCAGUUACACCUUACGGAGGACAUGACCUUAGAUAGGAGGGUGUGGAGGACCCAUAUUAGGGUAGAAGGCUAGUUCAUAGUCUCGUUAUUCUUCUCUAUUCAUAGGCGUAGUAGUGCAUUACGAUCUCUUGCGCUUUGACUUCUGAUUUCUGUUAUUUCUGUUAUUAUUU